UUUUACACUUGCGUUAACGGCCUCUGUGCUGGUUGGAUUGCAGUAGGAGAGUGGAUAGAGGGAGAGAGGAUAGAGAGAGAUGAAAAUCACUGGCCGGCCACACGACAGACGCGCCACGCAUGAAGAACUUUUACGGCCGAGGCGACAUUGAAGGGCUGUCAUAUCUUGGGUGGUUAAGGAGAGCGCCCAUGGUGUUGUUUAGAGAGCUAACGUUACCUACAAAAUUUCUCCCGUGUUUUCCACUAAGUGAAGGUGGUGAAAACUACCCGCCGCCAUUUUUGGAAGUGACUGACUGGGAGUGGAGAGUUAACAUUAGCUGUAAACUGGCCACAGCUGAUUUAGUUUAUAUUCCCUGUGAGUCAUCACCUUCAACACUGUCAGCCCGGACGGGCUGGAUACUGUAAAUACACCGACUCUUCUUCUCCACUAUACGAGCUGUCGAAUGUACAAAGGAAUAAACAAGAAGUGAUUUUGUUUACACAUUUCUCCUGAAUUCUCACUAACGUUAACUGGUGUAGGCUAAGUUAGCCACAUUAGCACGCUGAGGUUUUCUCUUGGAGUCCGCUCAAACUUGGCCUGGUGGACGGGUCUCUAUGUGUACACUGCCUCCCUCUGGCAGAUGAGUAACCGGCGGAGCUUUACGUGUCGCAGUCGCACGGCCAGAUAGUCCCCUGCGAGCGCGGUGCGUCCUCCGGCUCGCAGCAUGCCCUCCACCAGCCGGGCAGGGAGCCUGAAGGACCCCGAGAUCGCAGACCUUUUCUUCAGAGAGGAUCCUGAGAAGCUCUUCACAGACCUCCGUGAGAUCGGUCAUGGCAGCUUCGGCGCAGUGUAUUUUGCACGGGAUGUGCGGACCGCAGAGGUGGUGGCCAUCAAGAAGAUGUCCUACAGUGGGAAACAGUCUAAUGAGAAAUGGCAGGAUAUCAUUAAGGAAGUCAAGUUCCUCCAGAGAAUACAACACCCAAACAGCAUAGAGUAUAAAGGAUGCUACCUGCGGGAACACACAGCAUGGCUUGUCAUGGAGUACUGUUUGGGCUCUGCCUCUGACCUCCUUGAAGUUCACAAGAAGCCCCUUCAGGAAAUUGAGAUUGCAGCAAUUACCCAUGGUGCUUUGCAGGGCCUUGCAUACCUUCAUUCCCAUAACAUGAUUCACAGGGAUAUCAAAGCUGGGAACAUCCUGCUGACCGAGCCUGGACGAGUCAAACUGGCAGAUUUUGGUUCUGCCUCCAUUGCCUCCCCAGCCAACUCUUUUGUGGGGACACCAUAUUGGAUGGCCCCUGAAGUGAUUUUAGCCAUGGACGAGGGACAGUAUGAUGGAAAGGUUGACAUCUGGUCUCUUGGGAUCACCUGCAUAGAACUAGCGGAAAGGAAACCUCCUCUGUUUAACAUGAAUGCGAUGAGUGCCUUAUACCACAUAGCGCAGAAUGAGAGCCCUACACUGCAAUCGAGUGAAUGGACGGAUUAUUUUAGAAAUUUUGUUGACUCCUGCCUUCAGAAAAUCCCUCAAGACAGACCACACUCUGAGGAUCUGUUGCAGCAUGCCUUCGUCCUGCGAGAGAGGCCAGAAUCUGUUCUGAUAGACUUAAUUUUGCGGACAAAAGAUGCGGUCCGAGAGCUGGACAACCUGCAGUACCGCAAGAUGAAGAAGAUCCUCUUUCAGGAGGUGCACAAUGGGCCGACCACUGAGACCCAGGAGGGAGAUGAGGAGUCAGAGCACGGUCCUGGUCACACGGGCACAGUGAGCAGUGUGGGCAGUAAUCAGUCCAUUCCCAGCAUGUCAAUCAGUGCAAGCUCUCAGAGCAGCUCAGUGAACAGCAUUCCCGACGCUGCUGAUGACAAGAGUGACCAUGACCUGGAGAAAGACCACACUGUUAUGUCUAAUAGUUCGGUCAUACACCUGAAGCCUGAAGAAGAGGAAGUUUACCCUGAGGAUCCUGAAAUCCCUCGUCCCCCAGAAGCCCAGGCGGCACCCGCACAGCCCCCGCAACGCAAACACCAUCGCAACCGCGAGCACUUUGCCACCAUCCGCACAGCCUAUCUGGUGACACGCCAGAUGCAGGAACAUGAGCAGGACUCCGAGCUGAGGGAGCAGAUGUCCGGUUACAAACGCAUGAGACGGCAGCACCAGAAGCACCUUAUGGCCCUGGAGAACAAACUGAAAGUGGAGAUGGACGAACACAGGCUGAGACUGGACAAAGAGCUGGAGGCCCAGAGGAACAGCUUUGCCGCUGAGAUGGAGAAACUUGUGAAGAAAAACCAAGCAUCCAUAGAGAAAGAUGCCAAGUCAUUUGCCAAUGAUGAGAAGAAAUUCCAACAGCACAUUCAAGCACAGCAAAAGAAAGAGCUUAGUAGCUUCCUGGAGUCACAGAAACGAGAGUACAAGCUAAGAAAGGAACAACUGAAAGAGGAGCUAAAUGAGAACCAGUCCACCCCUAAGAAAGAGAAGCAGGAGUGGCUUUCGAAGCAGAAGGAGAACUUUCAGCACUACCAGGCAGAGGAGGAAGCCAACCUGCUCCGCCGGCAGCGGCAGUACCUGGAGCUGGAAUGUCGGCGCUUUAAACGGCGAAUCCUCAUUGCAAAACACAAUGUAGAGCAAGACCUUGUACGGGAGGAGCUAAAUAAGCGCCAGACGCAGAAAGAUCUGGAACAUGCUAUGCUGCUCCGCCAUCAUGAAUCCAUGCAGGAGCUGGAGGUGAGGCAGCUGGGCACCAUCCAGAAGAUGCGUACAGAGCUGAUUCGCUUGCAGCAUCAGACUGAACUCACCAACCAGCUAGAGUACAACAAACGCAGAGAGCGAGAGCUACGCCGCAAACAUGUCAUGGAGGUCCGGCAACAGCCCAAGAGCCUUAAGUCUAAAGAGCUCGAGAUCAAGAAACAGUUCCAGGACACGUGUAAAAUCCAGACACGGCAGUAUAAGGCCCUGCGCAACCACCUCCUGGAGACCACACCCAAGUCUGACCACAAGGCUGUGCUGAAGAGGCUGAAGGAGGAGCAGACCCGGAAAUUAGCCAUCCUUGCUGAGCAGUACGACCAUUCCAUCAAUGACAUGCUCUCCACACAAGCUCUGCGAUUGGAUGAGGCACAGGAGGCCGAAUGUCAGGUGCUAAAGAUGCAGCUGCAGCAGGAGUUGGAGUUGCUGAAUGCUUAUCAGAGCAAGAUCAAGAUGCAGACAGAUGCACAGCACGAUCGUGAGAGGAAAGAGCUGGAGCAGAGGGUUUCACUGAGGAGGGCUCUGCUUGAGCAGAAGAUUGAAGAGGAAAUGGUUACCCUGCAAAAUGAGCGCUCGGAACGAAUCCGCAGUCUAUUAGAGAAGCAGGCCCGGGAGAUUGAAGCGUUUGACUCUGAAAGCAUGCGUCUGGGCUUCAGCAACAUGGUGCUCUCCAGCCUGGCCUCAUCCGACGGCCACAGCCACAGCUUUCCGGGGGCCCAGAGUAGCUGGGGCUCCCAGCACAGUGCAAGCUCCCAGAGGUCACACUGGGGAGGGCACAACAGUGGCAGCCAGCACGGCCACCACCACCACCACCCAAGUCACAGUGACUCUAUCCAACAGCCUUGGGGUCACGGCCUGCCUUCAGGGGGGCCGCCCCCCUGGGGGCACUACGGGUCUGGGGGCAGUCAGCGCUUGAGCGGGGGAAGUGGUGGGCUAUGGAACAGUCCCCAGGUGGUACGGCGGGCCACCGCAGGGGGCCGCAGUGAGCAGGGGAUGAGCAGGAGUGCCAGCAUCGCCUCUCAGAUUUCCAAUGGCUCGCACUUGUCCUUCACGUAAGACCACCCGCUGCUCUCCCACAACACCCAUCUUGACCCAACGUGCCAUAGGGGAAGGGACAAAGGGGCACCGUGGUCUUUUUUUUUUUUUUUUCUUUUACACCCAUUCUUUAAUCCUCU